UCGUGCGCUCCGUGGACGGUGACAUUUACAUUCAAAUAAAAUAGAUAUACGAAAUAUAUAUAUAUAUAUACAUACACGAAAACAAAAAAAAAAUAAUAAUGACGUCUUCGCUGAUGACUUGCAACAAGUGAUUAUUUGGGCGAGUGACGUGCUUGAUGCGCGAGGUCGUAUUCGGUGCGUUCUGGUGUUUUGGUGCGCGAAUUUUUUGAUAGGUUAGGCACCGGGAAUAUUUUGGAUAAAAAUGCGGCUCGCGUGAGACACCAUGAGGGCCGACGACGGGAUGCCGGAGUUGUAAGAUGGAAAGGAAGAGGUCUGUCAGGAGACAGAGGAAGAGGAAGACCUUCGCCAAGAAAUGCCGGGAGUACUGUCGACAGUUCAUCGCCUUCCUGUUCAGCAACGUCGGCAUCAUCCUCCUCGUUGUGGGCUACACGAUUGCGGGCUCCUUCAUUUUCAUGCACAUCGAGAAGCGGUACCACAUGGAGCUGAAGAAGCAGGUGAACUACACGCGACAGAUGUACGCCGAGAAGUUCUGGAACAUGACGUUGGAGAUGAAUCCGUUCGACGAGGUGCAGUACCGGAACGUGGUGAUGCGGGAGCUGGAGACUUAUCAGAUGUUGUUCGUCAAUUUCACCAGGAAGGGUUAUGACGGCUUCACCGACGAGGAGACUUCCUCGCAGUGGAGUUUCGCCGGAGCUUUUUUGUAUUCUUUGACUGUCAUUACUACCAUUGGAUACGGUAACAUUUUCCCUCACACGCCCGAAGGUAAAAUCAUCACCAUCGUCUACGCCAUCAUCGGUAUGCCGCUGUUCCUGUUGUACCUGUCCAACAUCGGUGAUAUUAUGGCCAGGUCGUUCAAGUGGAUAUACGCGAACUGCUGUUUGUGCAGGUGGUGUCCGGGUGUUGCCAAACGUAGGGCGGAGAGGCGGAUGAUACGUGCUCAGCUGGAGGAGUUCGACGAGGGCAGUUCGGAGUCUAAUUCCAGCAGCUAUCAAAUAAACAUCGAGAGGCCGUCGCUGUCGUUGCCCAGGGGGUCGAUGGUCAGUCAGCACACGGAGCUGACGGACUUCGGCUCCGAAGCUUCCUACGACGUCCAGACGGUCACCGUUCCGGUCACCAUUUGCCUGAUGAUCAUGGUGGGGUAUAUUUGUGGAGGAGCUUUGUUGUUUUGCAGAUGGGAAGACUGGAAGUUCAUGGAUGCUUCGUACUUUUGCUUCAUAUCGUUGAGUACCAUCGGCUUUGGUGACCUGGUGCCUGGUGACAAGAUCUUUAGUCGAGGCAACGACUUCUACAGUGAAGUUUUGGAGCUCAGCUUCGUUUUCUGCUCCAUGUACCUCAUGUUGGGCAUGGCCUUGAUCGCCAUGUGCUUCAAUCUUAUGCAGGAGGAGGUCAUACACAAGAUUAGGACGACGGUGAAGACUGUGAAGUACAUAUUCAAGUGUGGACGAAGACAAACCGACAGCGAAUAGUUUGAGCUGUCACUUAACACUGAAGACUGAUUAGCACUGCCCAAGGAAAACAAAAGGAAGCGGAGGAACAGCCUGGACCAAGAACGUAUUGACACGAUUGAAAACAUCUUAUUCAAUUUAAAUUUGGAAGUAUCUGUCAUACUUCUUCACCUGCUUAAUUGCUUCAAUUUGGAGGAUCUGUCACAAUUCUUCAACUGAGUAGGCUUCAAUGUUAUCAACCUUAUUGUUCUCAUCUUGGUACACUUCCUAUAGUUUAUGGUGUCCCAUUUAAUUCCAAUUUGGAGAAUCUGACACAAUACUUCAACUGAGUAGGAAUGCAUUUGCAUCGGCAAAGACGACGGAAGACAUGGAGGACUUGGAUAAUUCCAAAAAUGUUAUUUAAUUAAAUAUAGAUA